CAGCUGCGAUUAGCAGAACGCGUGGGGUCGAGGCCGCAGAGGAGCAUUUGAGCCUGAAGGUGGAGGGACUGGUGCGAAAGGCAGAGCUUCGUGUUGUAGGUCGUAGACGGUUAUGUUGCACCAAAACGGCAACAGCCCAGGUCUACAUUUUUGCAUAAUCGCCCCACCGCCCCCCAAAACGGACUUUUCUCGGUGAGGUGUUGUUGGCACAUUUUUGCAGAGCUCCUCAUCCUUCUUUUAGUGUGUUUGUGUGCGUGGAAAAACAAACGGAUGAACAGAAUUUAACUCGCCGCGAACCUUUUUUCUCUGCAAAAAAGUUAAUUUUUUGGACGCUCGCUUUAUGACCGGUUCUCACGCCUUUUGGGAGAUGUCCGAAAGAUCGCAGAGUCCGGAGUGCCAAGUCCGGCCGUACGACUUCAGCCGCACCAACCCUUGCAACCAGGUUUUGGGUCAUGAGUGUUCGGGCAGCCCUGCGUCAUUCCAGCUCCCACACGGCGUCCUGCCGGACCCGGGCCUUUUCUACAACAAGGCCGCUUACGGUGGCAUCACACCGGCCUCCGGGCAGACCUUUUUCGCGUUCCCACCAGUCUCCAGUGACUACCGGGGAUCCGAUCUUCAAACGGGAGAGUUUGGGCAACCCAAGCACUGGUAUCCAUUCGCUGCGCCCGAGUACACCGGCCAGGUACCCGGCGCACCGGGAGCCAGCCAGCCUACAAACCUGAGCCCCCCACAAGCGGAGACCCGGGAGCAAAUCAAACUGCACGAAAUAAAGACCGAAAAGGACACCAGCAAUGACUACUCAACGGAGAUAAAGGUUCAACAGUAUCCAACUGCGCCGGCGUCCGCCGCCAUGUCCCAUGGGGUCUUCUACUCUCCGGCCUGGAACACGUCCUUCUGGCCUGGGAUCAGCCACAUCACACCACCCGGUAGCAGUAACCAAAACCCCUCGACCUCCUCUGCAUCUUCACCAUCGAUGUCCCCAUCUCCCCCUAGCAACGGGCUUCCAGGGAACGCAUUUUUUAGCGUGAACACCACCCAGAGUGCCGCCGGGCCUCAGGCACAGAACCCGGCCUCUUCCACGCGGAGCAGCGGUUCAUCCAGCGGCGGGUGCAGCGACUCUGAGGAGGAGAAUCUUUCCACAGAAGAGCUGGAGCAGUUUGCCAAAGAGCUGAAACACAAACGGAUUACCUUGGGUUUUACCCAAGCUGAUGUUGGCCUUGCCCUGGGAAACCUCUAUGGUAAGAUGUUCAGCCAGACGACCAUUUGCCGCUUUGAGGCUCUGCAGCUGAGCUUUAAGAACAUGUGCAAGCUGAAGCCCCUUCUUCAGAGAUGGCUGAAUGAGGCAGAGACCUCGGACAAUCCCCAGGAUAUGUACAAGAUUGAGAGGGUAUUUGUUGAUACCAGAAAGCGGAAGAGAAGGACCAGUCUGGAGGGAGCCGUGCGCUCUGCCCUUGAGUCUUACUUCAUCAAGUGCCCCAAGCCCAACACCCAAGAAAUCACACACAUCUCAGAUGACCUGGGUCUAGAGAGAGAUGUUGUACGCGUCUGGUUCUGUAACCGACGACAGAAAGGAAAGCGCCUGGCGCUGCCGCUAGACGAGGAGUGCGACGGCCAGUACUACGAGCAGAGUCCUUCCCCGCUGAACAUGGUCAACUCCCCGAUUCCCAACCAGGGCUACCCGGCUUCCAGCUACCACGGCGCCCCUCCUCCUACACUCUACAUGCCGCAGCUCCAUCGGCCUGACCUGCUGAAACAAGCCCUGCACCCCGGACUAGUGGGUCACCUGACUGGAUAAACGGGUGCACAGGUAGACCGGAGCCACAGAUAGCCUUCCCUUGCCUCUCCGUCCGGCCUCCACUGUAGCCGAAGAAGAGUCUCUAAACCCAGUUACAGAUUACGUUGGUUGAUAGUGGGAUAGAAACAUUCCAAGUGGGGAGGCUCGUCUACAGACUACAGCAGGGCGAUGGGAGUGGUUCCUUGAUCCUGCCGUGGGCAACAUCCUCUUCAAAUAACUGGAUUUGACUUCAAACCGAGAUUUAAAACUGAACAUGCCCUUUUUUGUUUAUAAUUGGCUAAUACAUAGUAAGUUAUUCUAAUAGGCUUUAAUCAUUGCAAGAUUAGAACAAUGUCAAAGGGAGGUUUGGUACGGAGUUUAACUUGUUUUAAUACGUUGUCCAGUUUUUGGUUGAGAAUGUGGCUGUAAAUGCGAGCAGAGGUUAAAGGGCCAUGGUAAUACUUCCACUUUUGCCAAGUCCUGGGCAGGUUUUCUGUGGUGCAGAUAAUGAAAUCAGUUGGAAUUUUAAACCAAGAUCAUGACCGUUUGUCAAUGUUUGUGCAAUACUUUUAUCUGAAUAGGCUAGCUGCAGUAUUUGUCUGAGCUGCCUCAUGUAAAAUGCAAAUACUCACAUUUUCCAUUUGGUUUUGCACAACGUUUCUUUUGUAUUGUUGAAUCUUCUUUUUAUAAACUAAUAUGCCUUGCUUGUAUACUAGAUUUUUGUCCUACUGUUGUUGAUUAAUUGUCUUUUAGCAAACAAUUUGUGUGUGGAGAGAGGAGGGGACUGAUGUGACUUAAAUAAUGUCUUGUUACUCACAUGUUUGAGCUGCUAUCUGCCAUUUGCACACAAUCAAUAUUUUCCCAAUGUCUCAGGUGAAUUUUAGCGACAUUGUUUAAUAUGACCCGGAUCGAUGUUUUCAAAUUGUAUUCCAAUAUGUUUUUGUAAAGGGUUUUUAUGUUUACAAAAUGUUGAAUAACACUCAAUAUUUGUGACAAGUUUGUGUGCUUAAUGGAGUAUUUCUUUCUUUCA